AUGGUCAAGAGAUUCCCCCACGGUCAGCAGUUCCAGCUCAAGCUUCGCGACGAGAACCUGGUCAUCGAUGUCAAGGAAGGCAGCGUCGAUGGCGGCGCUGAGAUCAUCGUCUGGUCCAACACCAACGGCGACAACCAGAAGUGGACCUACGAGGAUGGUCAGAUCAAGAACGUCAAGAGUGGUCUCGUCUUGACCGCCGGAGGCCUCAGCGCCAAUGUCAAUGUUGCCCAGUUCGAAGGCCAGGGCUCCGAUGCUCAGAGAUACGACUACGAUGACUACACCAUCAGCACCAAGGAGGACGAGGACCUUGUCCUUGGUGUCAAGUCCAAGGCCGAGGGCGCGACUGUCGCCUUGGUUCGUCGCGACAAUGAUGAUUUCAAGCAGAUGUGGGAAAUCGUCGCUCUGUAA